AUGUGCAACGCGAUGCUCUUCCUGUUCUCGCCGAGGGAGCUCUUUGUGGUCAUUGAGCUACCGCAGCGCUUACUGCGGCCUCUUGUCGCUUUGCCCGCCCACGUACCGGACCUGUCUGGUGCUGGGCAGCACGACUCGGGCACAUUGAGUGACUCCGCCCCCGCUUCCUUUCACGACCGUUACGACCGUUACGAACACACACCGACUACCUCCAAGCAGCGCCCGCAAAGCCGGCAGACACAGCACAGCCAACAGAGCCGGCGCUCCUCUCUCCAGCGGCCCUAUACACCCCAGGGAUACCACACCCAUACGACCGCCUCAGCACGCUCCGCGCUCUCCGAACGUGAAGCACGAUCUACACCCAACUCUCAACGGUCUCUGCGCCGUACACCGCGUUUCGUUUCUAGCCCCCCUCCGGGCGAGGCCCGAUCGCAGUCGAUAUCGUCCCCUGCCGAUAGCCAGUCCCGGUCUCGAACCCAAUCUCAGUCUCCCAAGUCGAGUCCUCCCCGAAGGGUCCAUCUUGCCGCAGUAUCGACUGGAAUCAGCCCGCGCCUUGCCUUUUCCACCGCAGAGCCCGUCAAGCAGCAGGAUCAGGUUCAAAGCACUCGUAGACCUCCCUCGCAAGACCUGAGCGACGGCCAGGACGACGAAGACGAAGACGAAGACGACGACGACGACAGUAAGUACGACAAACGAUCGCCUGUCGUAGGGCGUUCCUCGAGACCUGCCUCGGAUCCCGUUGAGGGCAACUCGGCGUCUUUUCAAGCGGGCGCUGACAUCCACCCGGCCGUACGCAUCUCGAAGCGGACACACAACGCCAUCCUAUUCGCUAUUGAAGGUCUCACCCAUCCGUACAAGCUCUCGCAGGACUACGAGGAGGAGACCGCAAAGAUGGCGGAUCUUCUCGUCGAAGGUGAUGGCUCUAACGGCAACGGAAAUGGCAAUGCGGUGCCGACAUCCCGCCCGCAAAUUCCUAUUCCACAGCCGACAAGUUCGCCACGAAGCAACAUUCGAGGUCCGAGAAUGAUCAUGCAGGAGCGCCAAGAACGGGAGGCACGGCGAGCGGAACGGGAACGGAUGGAAAGGGCUCAAGCAGAGCAGGAUGCUCGAGUCGCGGCUGAACAAAGACGGCAAGCCGCUGAACGUGAGCGCGCUGCAGCUGCCAUAGCGGCGGCAGCUGCAGCAUCGGCAGCGCCGGCCCCUGCUUCCCAAUCCACAUCGCAACAAGUCGACCCCGCCACCCAGCGGAGACAGCAGCGGGCCGAGCGCACGGCAGCGGCGACAUCUGGCCAGCUCGCGCCUCCUCCUACCAUCCAGCAGCAACAGGCACCACAACAACCUCAUAUUUCAUCACAGCAGCUGCAUCAGCAACAACAGCAGCAGCGUCAACAGCCGCCGCAGCAGCAACAACAGGCUCAGCCAAGACCUGUGCGCGUCCCUCAAAGCACCCAAAUACCCCAGCAGCCAAUCAACCAACCCCCAAUAUCCGCGGCACCACCUCUAGCUGCAAGUGGUCGCCAGCCUUCAGCAAGCGGAAUCCCAGACCCGGCACCACGGCCAUCGGACCAAACGCAGCCGCAGGCCGGGCUUGAUGGGGGUGAUGCAGGAACUGGCGGUGCUAGGGGCCAGCCGCGGAACUCGUUCCCCCAUGCUUUUGAGCGGUGGGAAGCGCUAUCUGCGCACUGGGAGGGCUUGACGAGCUUCUGGAUCCGCCAGCUGCAGCAGCGGUCGGAAGAGAUCAACCAGGAUCCUUUGAAUCGGCAACUUGCGCGACAGGUGACGGAUCUGUCGGCCGCAGGCGCCAACCUCUUCCACGCCGUCGUGGAAUUGCAACGCUUGCGGGCCAGCUCGGAGCGCAAGUUUCAGCGCUGGUUUUUCGAGAUGCGCGGCGAUAUGGAGCGCCACACCGAGGUCCAGGCAAUGCUGGAGGCCGCCAUCCAAGAAGAGCGCCGUGGCCGCGCAGAGGCAAUCCGCGAGGCAGUCGAGAACGAACGCUCAAAUUCUAAGAUGCAGAAGCAGCUUGCCGAGAUGCGUAAGGAGCUUGCCAUCUCCAAGGAUGAGGCGCGGCGAGCAUGGGAGGAGCUUGGGCGGCGCGAGCAGGAGGAGAGGGAUCGUGUAAUUGCGUUGCAAGAGGGGCAGCCGACGAUCGUUGGCGGUGUUCAGGUAGUGCCUAUGACACAGGGUCUUCCUCUCCGCCAACAGACUAGCACCACGGGUCAUGAGCAGCAGCAGCCGCCGCCACCGCAGCCGCAACCGCAACAGCAGCCACAACAGCCACAGCAGCCGCAACAGGUGCCUCAGCAGCAACACCAACAACAGGCGCCGCCGCCCCAACAGGUCCCACCACAGCAGCAGAAAACGCCACUGUCGGCUCUAGAGCAGCUCCCAUCUCAGACGCAGCAACGGUACCAAGCGUCACCGCAACAGCAGCCUGUGUACACCCAGCCGCCGGUUAGCGCUGCGGGACCUGAUACAGCUAGUGCUGAAUACUACCAGCAGCCACAUGGCCAGUCGGACACAGCGCCGCAAGGGUCUGAUGAGACCUAUGAAGGUAAGCUUAAUCGGGAUCUUGAGAGCGAACGGUGGAUGGUAAGGAUCGAAUUUGCUAACGGUCGGGUUGCAGAAGAAGAGCUGCAGUAUGGAACGCCGUCAUCGCUGUCCGCCCCUGGAUCGACAUAUCCGCCAUCGGCCUCCCACCAUUAUUAUACCGCCCCUGCCCCCGCAGACUACUCCGGCCAAGGUUUUGCUGGACCCGGCUGGGAGACGAUUCCCCGCCAUCACCACCCGACGCGGCUGAGCGAUGUGAUUGAAGAAGACGAUGAGCGCAGCCGGACGUCUGCCAGCCAGGUCAGCCGUGGCGACAGACAGUGA